UUGGUCCCAGCUCGCAGCACGAGCCUUUUGACACAGUCCCCAGCACGCGCAUUUGCGUGCAGAUCGCGUUCGGUGCUGGUGGCACGGAGGUUCAGUGAGACCAACUGAUCUUCCAAUAUCUCGGAUUGUACUUGAAAGGAAUAUGGAUAAGUUGCGGCUUGUGAUCUUUAUCUCCCAUUGUCUCGUGUUACUCAAGGUGUGCAGUGGCGCCUCUGUCGACAGGUAUGAUAGUGGCAAACCCAGAACAACAGUGGUCAACCUCUUUCACACUCUAGAGAAAACAAACACAACAGGCCACCAGGUCCACAAUGAGACAAAUGUGUAUUAUGAGGAUGAAGAUGAUGAUAAUUAUGAGGAUGAUUAUCUCUCUGGAGAUUAUGACCUUAACAUGCCAAAAGUGGCAUUUUCCACCAAAUCCAAACAUCCGUCGGUGAUGCCCACAACUGAGAAGAAGACAAGAAAAGGAAAAAGGAGGGGCAAAGGAAAAGGCAAGGGGAGAAAGAAGAACCCCUGCCUCGGGGAAUACAAAGAUUUCUGCAUUCAUGGAGUGUGUCAGCAUCUGAGGGAGUUGCACAUUCAUUCUUGUGUAUGUGAAGCAGGUUAUUCAGGGGAGCGAUGUCAUUUAUUCACCCUACCAUCAGCUAAGGUGGAACAGCGUUACAGCAGGACCACAGCUCUAGCUGUCGUAGCAGUGGUUCUGUCCCUCAUGUGUCUCGCAAUCAUUGCUAUUCUGCUGGCACUAAGGUUCCACAAAAAAGAUGAUGCUGAUGUAGCAAGUGAAGAAAAGGUCAAACUUGAGGCAAUGUCAAUAUAGUAGUGAUAAGGAAAGAAAGGAUGAAGAAAGUCAAAACAACACGUGACCCAUGGAUAGAUAGCAUUAUGGCUGAGGAGCAGGGGCAUCAUUUCUACAUUUUUCCACUGGUUAUCAUUACUUUUCAAAAAUUCUUUCUCUCCUUUCAAAUGGAUCCUACAUACCUGAUGUCCUGCGAUUAUGGUGGCUGUCAACAUUGGCAUGAAGGACGUUUUGAACACUGCUUCCUUGUACAGAACAAUGUUCUUCCACCUGGGGAACAUACAGAGAGGACUUAACCGGAUGAAUGUAUUGCAACGGCAAUCAAGUUGCUUUUUUGUUUGUUGCUUAUUUAUUUAUUUUUAAAAUAGGUGUUUCUGGUUUAUCCCAUCAUUCUGAAUCUAUAGUACUGUCAGAAACGCCACAAAGCAUUUGUAAUUAUUUAUUUAUAAUAUAUUAGUUAUUUAUUUUGAUACGUAACGAUUUUGUGUACUGAAUACACUGUAAGUUUUGUAAAUGUGUUUUUAUUGUAUGAAUAUUUAUUAUCGAUAGAUACAAUCAAAUAAUGUUCUGAUAGGACUGAAGUUGCAUCACAGACUUUACAAUCACAUAUGGAAAACUCUCCAAUAAGGUUUCAAUAAUAUUACAGCUAAACUGUGAAAAACUGAUUUACAGAGCUCUAAAAAUGGAGGAUUGUCAGAGGCAGGGCUUUGUAGGUCUUUUAUAUGUAUUACUGAGAAAGUGUAGCUUAAAUUAAGUGAAAUAAAAUCGAGAAUUUUAAUCAAAGCACUUUUGAAGUACUAUGUGUAACAAAAUAACACAAUUUAAUUUACUAAUUUCAAGCAAUGAUAACCAAACAUUUUCUGUCAAUGAUAUUACUGUUGUUUGACUUGAAUAAACAAUUAUUGUCA